GCGGUGAUAGUAAAAUUGACAAAAAAAUUGGUGUCUAAUUAUUCUUCAUAAUAUUCUUACCUGAAAUAGAAUCCGUCACUGUCAUCAAUUAGUUUGUCAAAGUUAUUUUCGUAAAUGAUACAAGGAACAAACACAGCUAAAAAUUUUGACUAUAUUAACCUUUUUCCAACUCGAAAAGGAGCAAAUAGAGAACGGGUACCCAAUUCAAGUUUAGAAUGUAUUACAACGGACAGUAGAUGCGACAAAAAUGAGUCUCGGAACAAUUGCAAGUAUUAAAAUUGCUAUCUGAUUGGUCAAUACUGCUUCAGAAACGCGUUUGUGAAAUUCUAGUGGGAACAUAUCUUAAAAUUCAAUGUUUCUCGUUCUGACUGUUGCGAUCGGCAUCUGCACAGCUGGUCUAGUCCCAGAAAAACCCCACAGCGAAUACGGGAUACCUUUAGAAUACCUCAAAAACAACAUCCUACCUAUUGAACCAGUACCACAAGUCCAAGAAACAUAUGGUGUACCAUUAAACAAGGAAGCAGUUGCUCCUGCUCCAGCUGUCAGUCAAUACGAAUACAUUAUUCCUCAUGUUAAACCUGUGCCACCGAAAAUCCAGGAAGAAUAUGGUGUACCUCAAAAAGAAUAUGGUGUUCCUCACGAAGAAUAUGGUGUUCCUCAUGAAGAAUAUGGUGUUCCAUUAGCUAAGGAAGCUCCAGUUGCGGCUCCAGUGAUCACUCAAUACGAGUAUGUCAUUCCUAAACGUGUUGAACCAGUCGUACCAAAAAUCCAUGAAGAAUAUGGUGUACCUCAAAAAGAAUAUGGUGUUCCUCAUGAAGAAUAUGGUGUUCCUCAUGAAGAAUAUGGUGUUCCAUUAGCUAAAGAAGCUCCAGCUGCGGCUCCAGUGGUCACUCAUUACGAAUAUGUCAUUCCUAAGGGUAUCGCACCAGCCGCACCAAAAAUCCAUGAAGAAUAUGGUGUUCCUCAUGAAGAAUAUGGUGUUCCAAUAGUUAAAGAAGCUCCAGCUGCGGCUCCAGUGGUCACUCAGUACGAGUAUGUCAUUCCUAAGCGUGUUGAACCAGUCGCACCAAAAAUCCAUGAAAAAUAUGGUGUUCCUCAUGAAGAAUAUGGUGUUCCAUUAGCUAAAGAAGCUCCAGUUGCGGCUCCAGUGGUCACUCAGUACGAAUAUGUCAUUCCUAAGGGUAUCGCACCAGCCGCACCAAAAAUCCAUGAAGAAUAUGGUGUUCCUCAUGAUCAAUACGGCGUUCCAGAAGAAGUUAAACAGUACCGUAUCGAGCAAGCAGUGAAGCCUGUGGAAAUCAAAUAUGAAUACAAUAUUCCUCGUGAAACACCAAAGAUUCAAGACGAUCCAGUUGCUGAAUAUGGUGUUCCAAAAAUAGCCCCAGUAGUACUAGCUCCAGUAGUACCUCAUGCUGUGUAUGGAGUACCAGCCCAAUAAAAAAACAUGAAUAAAUAAGCUUGAUAGGAUUUUUUUGAAUAAUUACUUUAUUUAAUAAAGGCUAUUAAUUUCUUGUGUAAAUAAAUGUAUUUAAA